UCAUUGGCUUAAGGAAAGAUCUGCUUCCUUAAAGAGAAUGGAGAAGCUGUAUGGGAAACCUAUAUAAACCCAACUAAUAUUAUGAGCUGAUACUCUUUCCCUCUUAUCCCCUCUGAACGUCCUGCUGCGCACUGAAAGAUUGAAGGCAGCAACACCCCCACCUGCCACCCAGAGGCGUCUUCACCUUCACAGAAGUUGCCACAAAGAGACUGGCAAGAUGUCUGAGAAAAAGAUGUCGUCCAGUCGCAGGCAACAUCUGAAGAGCUUGUUGCUUCAGAUCGCUCAUGGGCUUUUGGAGGAAGAGACAGCUGAGGCUGAGCAGGAAAAACAGAGAUACAUGGAGGAGAACUGCCCUGAUCUCUCACUGCCUGGAAGCAUGCAGGAAAUACAGGAGCUGUGUAGGAAGUUGCACCAGCAGAUUGAUGUCGUUGACGAACAGAGAUAUGAUAUGGAGAGCAAAGUAGCCAAGUCAAACAAGGAGAUUGAGGAUCUAAAGAUAAAGGUUCAGGACCUAAAAGGUAAAUUCAAGAAACCCGUUCUUAAGAAAGUACGUAUGUCUGCUGAUGCCAUGCUGCAGGCCCUGCUGGGCUCCAAACACAAGGUGUCCCUGGACCUGAGAGCCAACCUCAAACAGGUCAAGAAAGAGGUCAAGGAGGAGGAGAAGGAGGCAGUCGGAGACUGGCGUAAGAACAUUGAGGAUAAGGCUGGUAUGGAUGGCAGGAAGAAGAUGUUUGAGUCUGAGGCCUAAAUCUGUUUUUUUUAAAUAAAUGAACAUUUCCAUAAAA